GUAUGUCCGAGUCGAGCGAGUUAGAGUUACUCGACUCGAUCUCUCGGAUUUUUUGUGUCAUUACUCGGGCUCGGAACUCGGGAUCCAAAUACUUACUCGGAAACUUCAAACUCGACAGACUCGGUGUAAACCGAGUAUUUUUAUGGGGGAUUUUAUGGGGAUAUACUACUGAGGGAUAUUAUUGAUGGAGAUACUACUUUUUGGAUUUCUCAGAGCUCGAACUGGGAAUAAAUUGAGACUUGGGUCAGGUGUACAUGUAUUGUGUACGCUCUGAAAACCUUGGGGUCUUUAGGUGUACCCACUAGAAAUAUUUUCAGAUUUUUGUUAACUAAAUUAUUUUUAAUUAUAAAGAUAAUUUUUAAUGUUCAUCAAAAAGCAAUGUUUCCUUCAAUUAUCAGCUUUUUUUCUUUUAUCAUUUGAAAGGAUAAAUGGUCGCCCUUUGAAUGAAGGAGAUGAAGAUUUGGAAUAUGAUGAACAUAAAUUAACUGAACGAGUUUUUAAAUCUAUCGACACAAAUAAAGAUGGCGGAAUAACAUUUUUGGAAUUAAUGGAUUCUGUUGAAAAAGGCAAUAAAUGUUCUCUAAGUAGAGAUCACAGAAUAGAACAAGAAUUUAUUUCGAGAGAUCAAAAUGGAGAUGGGGUGAUUAAAAUUAAUGAAGCUCUAUCUGCUAAAAAUGGUACAUUUGAUGGAGAUGAUAAUACAUCCGCCAGAGAGUUAUUUAAUUCAAUUGACUUAAACAAUGAUGGAACUGUUACAAAAGAGGAAUUUGUGGCAUAUCAUGCCCAUCAAGUUCGAGAAGAGGAGGAAAAAACAUCCAAAACUUCCUUUGCGGAAGCAGAUACAAACAAAGAUGGAAAACUUCAAUUAGCUGAGGUUUUGGCCGUUGAUGAAAUGAAUAAAAAAGAUAAUUCAAAAUUCCAUCAAAUAGCAGCUGCUAUUACUUCUGCAGCUAUGCAAUUUGAUUGUCAAGAGAAAAUAAUUAAAAAAUAA